AUGGGUGCCAUGGGGCGGAGAGUUGAGGCCAUGGUGGCCACCGUGACGGUCGUCAUGGGGCUGAGAUCCCCACGUUAUGGGGCCGUGGUCCUCACACCCCUCUCUGCCCCACGGCGCCAGGCCACCGAGGAGCCCCCGGCCACCAGCGAGAACCUGCGGCCCUUCAACCUCGUCAUCCCCUUCACCGUGCAGAAGGGCGAGAUCACCGGGGAGGUGCGGAUGCCGUCAGGGAAGACGGCGCGGCCCAACAUCACGGACAACAAGGACGGGACGGUGACGGUGCGCUACGCCCCCAGCGAGAAGGGGCUGCACGAGAUGGACAUCCGCUACGACGGCAACCACAUCCCCGGAAGUCCCCUCCAGUUCUACGUGGACGCCAUCAACCCACGCCACGUGAGCGCCUAUGGCCCGGGGCUGAGCCACGGGAUGGUCAACAAGCCCUGCACCUUCACCAUCGUCACCAAGGACGCCGGGGAGGGUGGGCUCUCAUUGGCCGUGGAGGGUCCCUCCAAGGCGGAGAUCACCUGCCAGGACAACAAGGACGGGACCUGCACCGUGUCCUACCUGCCCACCGCCCCCGGUGACUACAACAUCAUCGUCCGCUUCGAUGACAAACACAUCCCCGGCAGCCCCUUCACCGCCAAGAUCACCGGGGACGACUCCAUGCGGACAUCGCAGCUCAACGUGGGCACCUCGACCGACGUCUCGCUGAAGAUCACGGAGACUGACCUGAGCCUGCUGACCGCCAGCAUCCGGGCGCCGUCGGGCAACGAGGAGCCCUGCCUGCUCAAGAGGUUGCCCAACCGCCACAUCGGUGCGUGGGGGACGUGGGGACACAGUGGGGACAGGAGGACCAGGAUGUGGGUGGUGGGCAUCCAGGGAGGAGUGGGAUCUGGGGGUGGGGGAUGA